CAGGUGCUGCUUGCAUUUCGGGGAAGGCCCAUGCGCACUUUUGUGGAUGGCACGCUAGGAGCUGGAGGUCAUUCAGCAGCUGUCCUGUCCCAGCACCCAGACAUGCAGCUGCUGAUUGGCAUCGACAAAGACCCUAUCGCCCAUGCAAUCGCGCAAAAGCGCUUGGAGCAGGCAAAAGUGGGUGCAAACAGUGGUGUCAAGCUCCAGCAAGUGCUGGUGCACUUCAGGGGGAUCAGCCAGCACCUGAGAGAUGCGGAAGGGGGAGAAGCGGCUGGCGCCGUCAGCGGCAUUUUGUUAGAUCUUGGGAUGUCUUCCAUGCAGGCAAGAUGGCCCACCAAAGUGGACACUGCAGAGCGGGGCUUCAGCUUCGCCCAGGAUGGGCCGUUGGACAUGCGCAUGGGCCCCUCAGCGGUCAGCAGCGCUGAGGAGAUCGUCAACUGCUGGUCCGAAGCGGCCCUGGGGCGCAUCUUCAAAGAGUAUGGCGAGGAGCGCGCCUGGCGCCACAUCGCACACAAAAUUGUCGAGGUGCGGGAGGAGAAGCCAAUACGGACGACACUGCAGCUGGCAGCAGCGAUCGGCUUCCAGGGGAGGAGCAGGGGGACAGGGCGGCGGCAGUCUGGCGGCAAACAAAUACACCCAGCCACGCGUGUGUUUCAGGCCUUGCGGAUUGCUGUGAACGACGAGCUGGGCGCUUUGGAGGCGGCCAUCCCGGAUGCAAUUGAAGCGCUGGAGCCAGGGGGGCGCCUAGCGAUCAUCUCUUUCCACUCACUGGAGGACAGGGCGGUGAAGUGGGCGUUUUUGAGAGCGGCUGGGAGGGCCACUCCGGAAGAUGAGCAGCAUGGGCCCAGGUGGCAGCUGGACAGCAUGUCUGGUGCCAGUGAUGUGCGGCCAGCAGUUGCGCGGAUCAUCACCAAGCGGCCUCUGCUGGCCCAGGAACAGGAGGCUGCCUCCAAUCCUCGCAGUCGCUCUGCCAAGCUCAGAGUUCUGGAGAAGUUGUGA